AUGACUACCAUUGAUAGUUCUUCCAAGAAAGAUGAUAGAAGCCAUCUUUUAGUUGAGAAGGACCAGAACAAGCAGACAGUGGCACUUCCACCUAAGAAGGUCAUGGCUAGUAAACUAGCAGCAGCAGCAGCAGCAGCAGCAGCAGCAGCAGCAGCAGCGGCUGCGGCGGCAGCAUCCUCUUCACAAAGGCAACCAUCACAGAACCAAGCACUAACCACAUCAUCCACUAUCACAAGCACCACCACAAAGAUAACAUCUAGUUACUCAUCCACUAGCAACAAUACGUCAAGCAAAAGCGGACCCUCAGGACAAUUACCUAGAUCUGAAUCCACAAUGACAAAGAGACGCCUAUCUAGCUCAGUCGUUGACAAUACCCGAGAAAAGAAAGUAGCAAGAGAAAAAGCGCCUCAAUCAAAGCCGGGAAAAUCCAUCACACAUUCAGACAGAGUUGUUCAAGCCGAAAUUAGUCAAUAUAGACCAUACUUCACAGAACCUGAUUCAGAUAACCCUAAUGGAGCUGCUCCCACCCACAAGGAAAAGAACUUGCGUGUUAUUCUUGAAUACCCGGGAUCCAUCGAACCUGAAAAUUUCUUGUUGCUGAAACCUGUGAUUAAGAACGCAGCUGGAAAAUACGACGAGGAAGAAGAGGAUCAGGACGAAUACAACCCCAUCACGGACUUAAUGCGCACAGCAGAGUUCAUUUACGACUGCUACCUCACACCUGAAGAGCAGAAAUUGCUUGGAAAUCAGUCUCAUGGAAUCAUGCGUAACUUGACAAAAUACCGUAAUCGACGUAAUGGAGCUGGAUUUGCACAAGCGAUUAAAGAGUUCAACAAGGUCAUGCGACAAUUGAAAGCGGAUGGUGUUUUGGCUAAAAAUGCCAAGGACAUGUGUCAUCCAAAUUACGAUUUAGCUUGUCAUAUCCUAUUUCAAGUCUACAGCCGCACUGUUGCACGCCAAGCAGACGCAUUGAACAAUUAUCAGGCCUUUUCGAAUAACGUCUAUGGAGAGAUCAACCCAAUUUUAGUCAAAGAUUUUAUCACUAAAACAGGGGUCAAUUCACGCAGUGUAUUCAUGGAUUUGGGCUGUGGUAUUGGAAAUGUCGUGCUUCAGGUAGCAGCACAAACAGGAUGUGAAGCUUACGGCAUUGAGAUCAUGGAGACACCUUGUAAAUUUGCUAAAAGACAGUUGAAGGAAUAUGCCGCACGUAUGAAGGCUUGGAGAUUACCAACCGGUAAAAUUCAUUUUAGACAUGGCGACUUUCUGGAUGUUGCAGCCAAUGAUCUGUAUUCAACACUAAAGCGCUCAGACGUAUUACUAGUAAACAACUAUGCAUUUGACGCAGCAACAAAUCAGGCACUAGCACAGCUCUUUUUAGAUUUGAAAGAAGGCACCAAAAUCAUCUCUUUAAAGUCAUUUGUUCCCAAGCACCACAAAAUCAACCAACGCACUCUGAAUAUGCCUGAAUCCAUUCUACGGGUAGAAGAGUUUGAAUAUUAUUCAGAGGCUGUUAGUUGGACAAACAACGGCGGACAAUACUAUAUUGGCACUGUGGAUCGCAGUAGAUUAGCACCUUAUUUCGAAGAGAUGUACGGUCGCUGA